AUGACACCUGCCGCAGACGCGGUAGGCGCAGCGUCAUCGUCGGCGGGGAUCAGCGCGCAGUCGCUUGCACUGGUGCCUGCGCGCGCGCGCGGCGGAAGCGGGGGGAACUGGGGGGAGCUGAUGGCGGGGAGGAGGGCGGAGGAAGCGGCGGCAGUGGCAGCGGCGGUGGGGGAAGAGAGCGCGGAAGUGGUGAUGGGCAUUCUGUGGAAGUGGGUGAACCUGGGACGAGGCUGGGGCAUGCGGCUGUUCGUUCUGGAAGGGGUAAGUACGCGAUCUGGCGAUGGCGAUGAUGCCAGCACAACCUUUGAUGAGGACGAGGAGGAGGACGAUGAAGAGGAUGACGAAGAGGAGGCGGAAGGGGAGGAGGAGGAAGCUGGGGGUGAUCAGGAGGCUGACAGCAGUGCGGUUACUAGUUCAGGUCACGGGCUGUUGAAGCGCAGUGGGAGCGACCUCAGGUCAAGGCAAAUUGGUAGCAGCGGCCGCAGGUCUGGGAGGGCUCGGAGCAAGGCUCGGCGCGCUGCCAAGGCCGACGUGUUGGCUCGGGACAAUGACGAGGACGAGGGAGGGUCGGGCAGCAGCGGCGGGCAGGAUGACGAGUUUUUCGAAGCCAUGGAUGAUUUCGUCAGCUCUGGGAGUGUGCUGACUGUGCUGGAUAUUCAGGAGGUGGGAUUCACGUACCCCAAGAUACCUCGAAGGGAGCGCCUGCCUCCGCCAGCGGAGGAGGAAAAGCCGGUCAGCAUCUGGUCGAUUCUCAAGGACCUGGUGGGCAAGGACCUGUUCAAGGUGUCGCUGCCUGUGAGCUUCAACGAGCCCAUCAGCACCAACCAGAAGUACUGCGAGACGUACGAGUACAGCUGGCUGCUCGACCGCGCAGCAGAAUACGGCCGCCGGGGCAACAAGCUAAUGAGAGCAGUGCACGUGGCAGCGUUUGCAGUGUCACGGUACUCGGGCAACGCUGGGCGCAUGCACAAGCCCUUCAACCCGCUGCUGGGAGAGACGUUUGAGGCGGACUGCCCCGACAAGGGCUUCCGAUACGUCUCAGAGGCGGUGCUGCACUAUCCCCCCACGCUCGCGUGGAACUGCGAGGGCACGGGGUGGCGCAGCUGGGGGGACGCGUGCCUCAAGGUGCGCUUCUGGGGGCCGUCCGUGCAGCUCGACCCCGUCGGUGUGCUCUCCGUGGCGUUCGACGACGGGGAGGUCUUCGAGUGGAGCAACGUGACGGUGUCGAUUCAGAAUCUGAUUCUUGGGAAGCCAUUUGUGGACCAUUAUGGCACGAUGAGGAUCCGGGGGAACCGGGGGUUCUCGGCACGGCUGCGAUUCAAAGAGCGGUCGACUUUCGAUCGGAAUCCCCAUCAGGUCAGGGGCAUUGUUCAGAGUGAUGACGGGGAAGAAAAAGCCACCCUGGUGGGGCGGUGGGACCAGUUCCUGCACUUUGUGCCGGGGGAGCUGAGCAGCAAGUCGCAGAAGGAGGAGAGCGAGGUGCUGGCCACGGCACAGCUGCUGUGGCAGAAGUGCGCCCCCUCGCCCUUCCCCUGCAAGUACAAGUUCACGCCCUUCUGCAUCACCCUCAACGAGAUGACUCCGGGACUCAAGUACAGCAAGUUCACGCCCUUCCGCAUCACUCCCAAUGAGUUGACUCUGGGGCUCAAGGUGACUCACCUUUUAGGUGCACCUCCUUCUGACCGAUUCUUGUCUGCGGCCGGACUAGCGGGCCUUGGAGGGGGAGAUGUUUCUGUGAGGCGCCUCACCAUUUGCUUCCUUUCUUCCCUCCGCUUCCCAUCCCAGGAACACCUUCCCCCCACGGAUUCCCGUCUGCGGGAGGACCAGCGGGCGUUGGAAGAGGGAUACUAUGAUCGGGCGAUUCAGGAGAAGUCACGUCUGGAGCAGAAGCAGCGCAAGGUGAGAGGAGGGCUUUCGGUGUUGGGUGUGCUUGUUUACGGCUGUGCUUGGAGGCAUGAAGAGAGGGAGCAUGUGGUGUGGGAAGUAGUGUGGAACAGAGGCUCUGAAAGCAGGCAAGCCGGGGUGGCACCCGCGAUGGUUCCAACAGCAAGGGGGACCAAGGAGCACGCGGACUUACGUGGGGGAAUACAAGCACUCAUACUCAUCAUCCUCUCUCCCCACAUCCCUGCCUCUUCUUUUUCCCUGCAGGCGCUCAAGGCAGGCGAGCCGGGGUGGCACCCGCGAUGGUUCCAGCAGCAAGGGGGGCCGGGGAGCACGUGGACAUACGUGGGCGGGUACUGGGAGCGGCGAGGGGCGCACGACUGGUCGGGAAUUAAGGAUUUAUUUGCGGAUGAUGAGGAGGAGAACCGGCAGAAGGAGCAAAGGGGGAAGGAGCAGCGGGAGAAGGAGCAGCAGGAAAAGGAGCAGCGGGAGAAGGAGCAGAAGGAGAAGGAGCAGAAGGAGAAGGAGAAGAGGGAGAGAGAGCUGAAAGAAAAGGAGCAGAAGGAAAAAGAGCAGAAGGAGAAGAAGCAGAGGGAGAAGGAGCAGCAGGAGCAAGAAGAGGAGCCGGAGGAGGAGCAGGAGGGACAGGAGGAGGAGCAGGAGGGGCAGGAGGAGGAGCAGGAGGAGGAGCAGGAGUGGCAGGAGGAGCAGGAGGGGCAGGAGGAGGAGCAGGAGGGGCAGGAGGAGGAGCAGGAGGGGCAGGAGGAGGAGCAGGAGGGGCAGGAGGAGGAGCAGGAGGGGCAGGAGGAGGAGCAGGAGGGGCAGGAGUAG